GACCGCAGGCCCGAGGACAACAUGGCGGCCUCCACGGGUCGCUGGCAUCUCUUCCUGCUCGCGCUGCUCGGCUUCCUCGGGGAGGCGGCCGGCAGCCUCGGCGCAGGGGCCUCGAGCGACGACGACUUGCUGUUGCCGUAUCCCCGCGCACGUGCGCGCCUCCCCCGGGACUGCACGCGAGCGCGCACCGGCGGCCGCGAGCACGAGAGCUGGCCUCCGCCCCCCGGGACCCCCGGCGCCGGCGGCCUGGCCGUGCGCACCUUCGUCUCGCACUUCGGGGACCGCGCGGUGGCUGGCCACCUGACGCGGGUCGUUGCGCCCCUGCGCGCCUUCUCGGUGCUGGAACCCGGCGGGCCCGGCGGCUGCGCAGGGAAGCGCAGAGCCACCGUGGAGGAGACGGCGCGGGCGGCCGGCUGCCACGCCGCCCAGAACGGCGGCUUCUUCCGCAUGAGCACGGGCGAGUGCCUGGGGAACGUGGUGAGCGACGGGCGGCUGGUGAGCAGCUCCGGGGGGCUGCAGAACGCGCAGUUCGGGAUCCGCCGCGACGGGACCCUGGUCACUGGGUACCUGUCCGAGGAGGAGGUGCUGGACACUGAGAACCCAUUUGUGCAGCUACUGAGCGGGGUCGUGUGGCUGAUCCGCAAUGGAAGCGUCUACAUCAACGAGAGCCAGGCCACCGAGUGCGAUGAGACGCAGGAGACAGGUUCCUUCAGCAAGUUUGUGAACGUGGUAUCGGCCAGGACUGCCGUGGGCCACGACCGGAAGGGGCAGCUGGUGCUUUUCCACGCGGACGGCCAGACGGAGCAGCGCGGCAUUAACCUGUGGGAGAUGGCCGAGUUCCUGCUGAAACAGGACGUGGUCAACGCCAUCAACCUGGAUGGAGGCGGCUCCGCCACCUUCGUGCUCAACGGGACCUUGGCCAGUUACCCGUCGGAUCACUGCCAGGACAACAUGUGGCGCUGUCCCCGCCGCGUGUCCACCGUGGUGUGCGUGCACGAGCCCCGCUGCCAGCCACCUGACUGCCACGGACACGGGACCUGCGUGGAGGGGCGCUGCCAGUGCACGGGGGGCUUCUGGCGGGGCGCCGGCUGCGGCGAGCUGGACUGCGGCCCCUCCAACUGCAGCGAUCACGGGCUGUGCACGGAGACCGGCUGCCGCUGCGAGGCUGGAUGGAUGGGGACCAACUGCAGUGAAGAGUGUCCCCUUGGCUGGCACGGGCCAGGCUGCCAGAAGCCUUGCGAGUGUGAGCACCAGUGUCCCUGCGACCCCCGGACUGGCAACUGCAGCAUCUCCCCAGUGAAGCAGUGUCUCCAGUCUUAUGAGGGAGGGGAAGCGUCCUCGUUCACCAGGACCGCCUGGCUGGCCCUCACCCUGGCCCUGGUGUUCCUCUUGCUGGUUAGCACCGCAGCCAACGUGGCCUUGCUCCUGGGCUCCCGAGCAGAGAGGCAGCGGCACCUGGACGGGGACUACGUGUACCAUCCGCUGCACGAGAUGAACGGGGAGCUCUUGGCCGCGGAGAAGGAGCAGCCCGGGGGCUCCUGCAACCCCUUCAAGGACUGAAGCCUCAGGCCGCCCGGGACGACCUGUCCCUAAGGCCCAUUUCCACGGGUCCAGCUUCUGCAGGGGGAAUUCCGAGGCCACUGGAGGGGCCGUCCGGGUGACCACAGCCCGGGCGCUACAGCUAAGCUUCCGAUGCAACCGUGCCUCAGCCCUCAGCUGGCCCUGCCACCCCAGCAGUGCGGUGCUCCCUGGAGAGACUCUGCCUCCUUCCCUCCUGCCUGUGUCUGCUGUUCGGGGGGCCCGGGCCCCCCAGAGAGUCUGCUCUGCUGCCAAAGAGUCUCCGGCCUCCUGGGGAAGGGGCCGCUAGCAAACCCAACUCAGUGACCGAAUCAUGACAAAGUGGCAGAUCCCAGCCAGCCCCCCUGGUCGGGGUGGGUUCAAGGGACGAGUCUCUGCCUUCCCAGCCACGCCCCGAGACCCUUUUUCGACAGACCUCAUCACUGGAUUUGCCAACGAGAAUAGUAUUUCCUGCCAUAGGAAGCUCCGCAGAAGGGACGGGGGCGAAAUCAUGUUUACAGACCU